GCGGCGCCUGAGGCGGCAUGGAGGCGGAUUUCGCCGCUUUCGGCAGCCCGCUGUGCGGCGAGCUCAAGCGCUUCUGCAAGCGGGUGAGGGAGACCUACCGGGAGAUCAGGGAGGACCUCACCCCCUACAAGGAUGACCGCUAUUAUCGGCUGGCACCGAUGCGAUUAUAUACGCUGUCCAAACGACAUUUUGUCCUGGUCUUUGUAGUAUUCUUUGUCUGUUUUGGUUUGACAGUCUUCAUAGGAAUAGCAGGUCCUAAUGUAAUUGAAACUUCUGUAGCAAGAACUGACCUAAAUAACAGCAUAAAGCUGAAGCCUUUUAAUUUAAGUUCGCCACCACUGUCUACUUAUAACCAGCAGCUGUGGCUGACCUGUGUAGUCGAGUUGGAUCAGCAUGAUGUAUCACUCAAAAAGAAUGUUACUAUGACAGUCAAAGUGCUCGGAGUGGUGAAGGAUGGAAGCACACCCUAUGUUAAUAAUCAAGUUCACAACCGGACACGGUUGCUCAGUUGUGCACAGAAAUGCAGUGAAAUCAUUGUUGCUCACCUUGGCUACCUGAAUUACACUCAGUACAACAUAUUUGUUAGUUUUGAAGAUCUAAAUAAGUUAACAUAUGCCAUACAGAAUAUUACUUUCACAUGGAAGACAUACAAUCCAACAUUUUCACAAGUGGAAAUCUGGUUCCGUUUCGUCUUUGUAGUUCUCACCUUUAUGGUCACGUGUCUGUUUGCACAUUCUCUACGAAAAUUCUCCAUGAGAGACUGGGGUAUUGAACAGAAAUGGAUGUCUAUCCUUCUUCCUCUCCUCCUGCUUUACAACGACCCAUUUUUCCCCCUUUCUUUUCUGGUGAACAGUUGGUUUCCUGGAAUGCUGGAUGACCUAUUCCAAUCACUGUUUCUGUGUGCGCUGUUAUUGUUCUGGCUUUGUGUCUACCAUGGUAUAAGAGUACAGGGAGAAAGGAAGUGCUUAACCUUCUAUCUGCCCAAAUUCCUUAUUGUUGGACUGUUGUGGCUUGCCUCUGUUACAUUAGGCGUAUGGCAAACUGUUAAUGAAGUACAUGAUCCUACAUAUCAAUACAGAGUUGACACAGGUAAUUUCCAGGGAAUGAAAAUCUUCUUCCUUGUGGUGGCAACCACAUAUAUUCUCUACCUUCUGUUCCUGAUAGUGAGAGCAUGUUCAGAACUCCGUAACAUGCCUUAUGUUGAUCUCAGGUUGAAAUUCUUGACUGCAUUAACCUUCGUAGUGCUCGUCAUUAGCAUUGUCAUACUCUAUCUACGCUUUGGAGCACAAGUUCUACAGGACAACUUUGUGGCUGAGCUGUCAACUCAUUAUCAGAAUUCAGCAGAAUUCUUAUCAUUUUAUGGUUUAUUGAACUUCUAUCUCUACACGUUAGCCUUCGUGUAUUCCCCCUCAAAGAACGCACUAUAUGAAUCACAGUUGAAAGACAAUCCUGCUUUUUCUAUGCUGAAUGAUUCAGAUGAUGAUGUGAUUUAUGGGAGCGACUAUGAAGAAAUGCCACUUCAGAAUGGCCAAGCUAUUAGAGCUAAGUUUAAAGAGGAAUCGGACAGUGACUGAUGGAGUGAUUUUGAUAUAGACAGACUUGUUCAGCUGGAAUUAAAGCAAUUUUGAAGUUUUCCUAGAUGGACCACUUCCUUGGCUUACUUACAGUCUGCUGUCAUCUGAACAUGGAAUUCCAGGAAGGACAUUCUGCUGCUUUCUGUUUACAAAGGUAAAGCUGAAAAGAAAAGAAUGCUUGAAAAGGUUGUGGUGGGAACUCAAGGAAACCAAAAUUUAUAUGCGUCUUAUAAAAUGCCUGUUGGCAGGAUGUCUCUGGACUAAUGUUUAAGUCUAUGUCCAUUUCGAGGUGUAACAGAUUAUGUACAGAUCUUAAAAUUGCUUCUUUGCUGCUUGGUGGUUUGUCAUUGUUCCCCUCCCCUUAGGAUUAUGUAGAACAUAGCAUCUUAAACCUCUUGCAUCUUUGCUAGUUCCUUUUCUGUUGUUCACUGCUGUAUGAAGUGCCUCUUUUCCCUUUCAUUUUUCUACCUUAGUCAUUUAGACUGGAGGCAGGGAUAGAUGUGCUUUAAGGUUCUUUCUUCUUCCAUUGUUUUUAAUGCUAUUUCUUGGAAAUGCAGAAAAACAAAAGCUUCCCAUUCCUCCUUCUAAGAGGUUGUAUGGACUUCAAACUGUUGUUUUAACUCCACAUAAAUGGAUUUACCAGAUACAUCAUAAGUGUGGGAUAUGUGCAAGUAGGUUCUAGUGAGCAGAAAUGGGCUGUGGUCCAAAGGUAUUUGUAUGAUACAGGUUUCAUAACAUGCAUUACCACUCCCAGCAAAACUGUUUGUUGUGUUGUUUUUUUCAACAGCGCUUUAAAUAGAAAAUAUUUAGGCAGCAAUAAACCUCAGAAGGAAAUCAGAACUUUUUUGUGCGUGUAUUCUGGAGGAGAUUGUUACACUUAAAAGAAUACAGUAUAAAGUUCCACAGAGAAGUAUAACUUCGUAUUUCCAAACAUUUCAUUUUAGAUGCUUUUUCUACAUCAGACUUCUUCAUGAAGUUGUAUUUAUUGGCAGUUAAUAUGCUUUCUGGGAACAAUUACGGGUGCUCAUGCCUUGAAGUUGCUUAACAGCUUUUGAGCACGUUCUGUGCAUAGCUCAACUUCUCUGUCAUACCACAGUUGCCAGCAGUACUGCUUGAAAUUUUCACCCAUACAUUUUAUGAUUCUGUAUUCCAGUCUGUGCUGGAACAGAGUUAUAUGGGAAUGCAGUAUUCCUCAUACAGUGGUGCUGCUUCUCUUUUUAAAAGCUCUUUUUCUUCCACGCUACCGCUCAGCUCUAUAUUUAUCUGGAUGCUAUUUGUUUCCAACUACUUCUGAAUUUUCAAGGACUUGACCAGUCUCUUUUUUUUAAGAAAUAGAUUCAUGACUGUAAUGUACUUUUGUAACAUUUCUCUGCCCUGCUGCUGUAGAAAAGAUAUAUUAGGCAGAAAAUGGUGCUGGCUUACACUAGUAAAUCAUGCUUAUGACAGACUUAGUCUAAGCAGAGCAGUGCAAUGAAGUCGUACUAAACUUACUGAAUCUGGGGGAUGUAGAUUUAUUCUGCAUUUGUGCAGCUGGUUUAGGCUAUUGCAGCACAAUAACCUCCCUGUAGCUGUUCAAGAGCAUUAAGGGGAGACUUCACAAAGUAGCAGUUUACUUACAGAUGAUCAAAGGAACUGCUUCACGUGGUUGCAAACCUGUUGUCAUAAAAAAUAGUUCAGAUUUGAAUCUGCACUCUGUUAGAGACACUCUGUUGUUAGUGUGGUAAGAUUUUGUGUGUCUUUAAAUUUUUGAGGAUAUUUGGAAUUUACAGCUUUGUGUACCAAGUUAUUGUUUGUUAGAAGCCAGAGCACUAUUGUAUGGCUAAAGCAAGGAAACAAAGUGAAGGGGGGCUGGGAAGAAGGGGAGGGAGAGAUUUUAAUUUUGUUAAUUGGUGUCCAUUUAGAAGAAUGUACAGGGAAACAUUACAGAGGUGGUGGGUUUUUAGUGAACUCUAGGAAACCAUACUUCCAGCAUUUUCUCUUAGACCUUUUUAACAAGUAUAGGGGGUGUUGUUUUUAACCUAAAAGAGAUGCGCCCAAUCUCAUUUUUAUUAUUCCCUAUGUGAUUUUCUUGGGGCUUACAGUUGUUCGAAUUUGCACAGUUAGACUCCAAAGCCAACUAGACAUUUGUUGUGUACCCCAGACCUCUUUCACUUGCACUGGAGUGAGUAAAGGAAUUAGGUUUUCAGAAAUUCAGAUCCUUAUCUGUUCAGAUCUCUUUAACUGUCAUAUUGUUUAAUUCUGAGUUGUUCUGAAUUGAUAAAAUACUUGAUUUGACAAAUUUACAAAGUGUACAGUCUGAGCUGGUUGUUAUAGUCAUACCUGAAUUACGGUGUCGUGCUUUGGAAUUUCAUUGCCUAAAAAUAUUUUAAAUCUAGUUUGGAAAAUGUCAUUUUUUUUCAAAGCUGUUCUCAGCCCAUUUUACUUGCCACUGUGUAACUUAACUUUUCCACAUGACUACAUUUGAAAUGAAAAUAGGAAAGCUCAGAUAGGGAAAUAGGUGCUUCAAGUUAAGUGUCCCACUAAGAAAUAAUUUCUUUAGAGAUUGUCUAAGCAGUGUUUGCCUUACAAAAUAGUUCAGAGGGUAAUAGUAAGCUUGACUGAAGAACUGUGAUAGCAAAUACUGUUCAUAGUGAAAAAGUGAAGCAGAUCUGCUAGCAAGAUAUCUCAACUUCACUCUCCUUCUCAGAGAUAGUAUUUGAGGAAUAUUACAAUCUGGAUUGCAAACAGCUUGGGAGUAGGUGGCAUAAAUUCAUCACCGAGUAAUGUAAUGUAAUCUAAGGAUAAAACAAGAGAUCUGGGUAAGAAGCCACAUCAGGCUUUCUUUUUGUUAAAAAUACUUCAAUAUUUCAUGCCCUACUGGAGCUUGGAAAACAAAGAGUUACCACAGACGUAGCACUGCUGCUCUCCAGGAGCUGCUUUGCUAGUAACUAACUGCAAGACUUCCAUGUCUGUUGUGAUCAAGAUGGGACUUUCAGGGAAUCAAUUAUAGUUGAGUAUUAACCCAUUCACAGCAGCUGUUUUCUGAAGUGUGUUCUUUAAAUAGAGUUGGUGUUAGGAGUGGUUGGAAACUUUCCUGGGCCUGGCAAAGAAUAAGUAGCAUAAGGUUCAACAUGAGUAAGGAAAUCCAGGAGACCUAUGGAACUAAUAUGGUUUAAAAAAAAAAAUAAAAUGAAGGAUGUUUCCAGCUAGAAAAGUCUUUAUCUCUGAACCAAAAGACAACUUGGUAUUCAGUCACUUAGUUUUCACCCACUUCCUUUUGCAUAUGCCAGUAAGAAACUUUGCAUUACUGUAAAUUUUUUUAGAGGUUUGUAAAUAUGUAAAAUGAAGCCAAAAUAUGGAGUAUUUGUGUACCAAAAUGGUAUAAAAUGUGUAAGAUAAAUGCUCUGUUUAAUAAGAAGCUGUAAAUUAAAUGCUGCUUUGACAAAGCGUGCAUGGGGACAUGUUAAAUAUUGUGUUCAGAGGUUGUAUUAAGGACAGCAAAUUGUCUGUUAUGUUGGAAAGCUUCAUUCUAGUCUUGAGUACAAACCAAAAAAUACCACUUCAAGCAAAAGUUGAGUAUUGAGUUUCUUGGAAGACUUCAUGUGCAUAAUCAUUGUUAAAUAUGUUCAUAAUAAAGUUUUAUAUCUUUAUGUUGUA